ACCCGCUUCUACUUCGGCACUUGUUGUGACAAUGGCAUUUAGGACGACCAAAUGUCACAAUGGGGAGAAAUGCGAUCUAAGUGACUUUAACCAUGGAAAGACAACAACAACAAAAAAAACAUCCUGUGAGCAUCCUGCGUUGUUAAUGAGAGCGGUCAGAGAAGAAGAGCCAGACUGGUCACACAUUACAGUGGCACUCCAGCAUCUGGGAAAAGCACCCCACCUUAGUCUGGGAUCCUUGCGAUUUGCCAGCUCAUCUUUCAGGGCUUCGGAUCUCACCAUUAAGCACAGCAAGUCAACCAAACCCAAACCUGAUUCUUCUUCUCUGGUGUUUGGCAAGCACUUCUCUGACCACAUGCUGACCAUCCACUGGUCAGAGAGCAGGGGGUGGGAUGUGCCCUAUAUCAAGCCUUUCGAAAACCUCUCACUGCAUCCUGCCUCUUCUGUACUGCACUAUGCCACAGAGUUGUUUGAAGGGAUGAAGGCAUUCAGAGGUGUGGACAACCGCAUUCGCCUCUUUAGGCCCAUGCUCAACAUGCACAGGAUGCUCAGGAGUGCAGAGAGGAGCUGUCUUCCUUUAUUUGACCAAUCUGAGUUACUGGAGUGCAUUACAAAGCUGGUGGAGGUGGAUCAGGAGUGGAUCCCUUACACCACUGAUGCCAGUCUGUAUAUUCGUCCCACAUUCAUUGGCACCCAGCCCUCCCUGGGGCUGUCAAAGGCUCAGCACGCAAUGCUGUUUGUUAUCCUAAGCCCUGUGGGGCCAUAUUUCUCCACUGGUGGCUUCACUCCGGUAUCUCUGCUGGCAGACCCCAACUUCAUCAGGGCCUGGAAGGGUGGAGUGGGAGCAUUCAAAGUGGGGGGGAAUUACGGUCCUACAAUUGCACUGCAGGAUGAGGCACAGAAUCAGGACUGCCAACAAGUGCUGUGGCUAUAUGGGGAUGAGGAGGAGAUCACUGAGGCGGGCACCAUGAACCUCUUCAUCUACUGGACCAACAAAAGAGGCGAGAAAGAACUGGUGACACCUCCCCUCGAUGGACUCAUCCUCCCAGGAGUUACCAGGCAGUCACUACUAGAUUUGGCACAAGAAUGGGGAGAGUUUAAGGUGUCAGAGCGUACAGUAAGAAUGAGAGAGCUGCUGGAGGCACUGGAAUCUGGUCAAAUUCUAGAAGUGUUUGGUGCUGGGACUGCCUGUGUUGUGUGCCCAGUUGGCAGUGUGCUGUAUAGAGGAAAGACUUAUAAAAUUCCUACCACAAAGAAUGGGCCAGCAAUGAGAUUUCACAAAGAGCUUACUGAUAUACAGUAUGGAAGGAAGAAGAGCAACUGGACACAAGUGGUCAUUUAGUUUCAGGGCUGUCAAUCAAGACCAUGUCAAGAUGAGUCUCCCAGAACUUAAGCUCCAGUUACCUAUGCACACUUUCUCUUUGUUGGGUGAAGGACUGGUGGGUCAGCUUUUCUUUCUCUCAGAACUGUACCAAUAUAGCUGCCUGUCAGAUCUUCUCUGUUCAUUUCAAGGAGGGAGAUGUACCGCAGGCAGUGCAGAGUAGCGCUCAACUGAACACACUAGGAUUCUCAGUUGAGUCUUGGCUUGGUUUGUGCCGUAAUAUGAAAAAUAUAUUGAAGAAAACA